ACAGGAGGUAGGACCGUCCAAAUAAGAAUAUAGCUUAAUAAACAGCAGCAUUCAGCUUAUUCCGAUCAAUCUACAUCGUUUUUGUUUGCUCCGGCUCAGACGAGCAUCUUAAGUAGUCUCGUUUUGGGUUUUUGCGGAGUUGUAUCAGUAGGAGGAGGUGUUAGGUUUGGCUACUGUAAGUUAACGGUUAAGUUAGGCUGUGAAAGUGGGUUUAACCAAAGUGGACUUUUUAACACUCAUAGACAAGUGUUACUCCUAAAAUAGGAGCGCAGGAAGCCAAGCAGCCAGCGACGUGUUGAGUAAAAGCACACGGCGAGUGGAGAGGCAAAAGGAGAAGGUCGAAACGCCAGCCCCAGCUAUCUGCCUGCCUGAGAGAGCUGCAUCAUGGGGAAACAGAACAGCAAGCUGCGUCCUGAGGUCCUGAACGACCUGAGGGAGAACACAGAGUUCACCGACCACGAGCUCCAGGAGUGGUACCGCGGCUUCCUCAAGGACUGUCCCACCGGCCACCUGACUGUGGAGGAGUUCAAGAAGAUCUAUGCCAACUUUUUCCCCUACGGAGACGCCUCGAAGUUUGCUGAGCAUGUCUUCCGCACAUUUGACACCAACGGGGAUGCCACCAUCGACUUCAGGGAGUUCAUCAUUGCCCUGAGCGUGACGUCUCGCGGCGGGUUGGAGCAGAAGCUGCGCUGGGCUUUCAGCAUGUACGACCUGGACGGGAAUGGGUACAUCAGCCGGGCAGAGAUGCUGGAAAUAGUUCAGGCAAUUUACAAGAUGGUAUCAUCAGUGAUGAAGAUGCCUGAGGAUGAAUCGACGCCAGAGAAAAGGACAGAUAAAAUCUUCAGACAGAUGGACAUUGACAAUGAUGGUAGAUUGUCUUUGGAGGAGUUCAUUAAAGGUGCCAAGAGCGACCCAUCCAUUGUCAGGCUCCUGCAGUCGGAUCAGGGAGCCUCUCGUCAGUUCUGAGGACAAAGACAGUGACAGACACACACUCUCACAACACAAUCACAAACCCACAUCCAUACGGCUUUGUGCUGUUCACCUGAUCGAGGCUCGUUCGUCAUCACAACCCCCUCACCAGACAGUCCUUUCAUUUUCGAAACACUCCGUGUCUUAAUGUUUACAUUAAUGGAUACUUCUCUUUUGUCAACGUGGCUCCUUUUCUGUGGACUAUAAGAUUUUAAGUUUUUUGUGUAUAUGCUUCUCCAAAGCUCUCUCACCUCGUUUUUACCCGUUCUCCGUAAGUGAAGUGCCAUAUCAUAUAUUUAUAUUGACUGGAUUAUAUGCUCGGAAGUAUUAUGAAUCCCACUAUGUUACUAAGAGGAAUCUAAUUACAUCACAUCUUUUAAUUUGAUUCAACUUAACUGUGUUGAAAAGUGGCUUAUUGUUGUUCAGGAUAUCAACUGUAGCUUAAAGGGAUCCUUCAGAGGUUUUUAAGUGCGGUUGAAUGAGGUACUUGCCAUAGUCUGCGUAUUACAUACAGUAGUUUCCAGUCGACAUGCUCCCAGUUUGGAGAAGCAGACUGGAGUCUGACACAGAAACUAAGCCAUGUACUGCUGUGAAGGGGGCCAGCAACAAAAUGUCUGCUAGCCACCUAAAAAAACAAAAAAAAUCAACAUCACUUCAAAGACAGGAAUUUGUGACAGGGAUCCAAAGCUGUUAUGUUGCUUUCUUCAAAGACGGACUCCACAGACAAAAAACGUCUCUCUGAACGGAGGAGCUGCUGCUCUUCUGCUGCCUCCCACAGUUUGUUUGUGUUAUUGUGUGACUGUCGUUUAAUAGGUUUAGCUCAGAUUCACCAAAGUCACAAAUUAACACUAACUGAUGGAGGCAGCGAUACAACAGCAGCUCCUGUAUUCAGCGAAUUCAAAUUCGUUUUUGUGCAUUAAGUUUGGUGGCUGUGGCGAGCCGUUAAUCGCUGCGUGAGGUAAAACAUGAAAUAUUCUAGUGCACAUAUUCUGAUUUUGUUUUGGUCGGCUUUUUUUUUUUUUUUUUAGGUGGGUUCAACGUAUUUUGCUGCUGCUUCAAACUGGGGGAUGUAAGAGUACCGCAUACAUCCCACUUAAAAACAUUUGAACUACCCCCUUGACAAGUUGUUUUUCUGAACAACUUCUAUAUGCCUUUGGUAUUGCAUGCGCUCAGUGAUAUGAGUUUUCUGACAAUGUAACAGUUUACGUAAAUAUGGAGGCCGUGAUUGUUUUUAUUCCUUUUUAUUUUUGUAACAAAAAAAUUUUGUUUUCACACAAUUGAAAUAAAGUCGUGUAAGAAAAAUCUA